CGUCGUCGUCGUCCGCGUCGUCGCGCUUGGCUUGGCGUCGUCCAGCCCGUCGUCGAGCAACAUUGCAACUAAGAUGGCUGCGCGCAGGCCUCUUCCCAUACCUCCAAGCCCGCCUGAUCUCAUGGCAGCCAGUCCAUACUACAGCCCUGGCCCGUAUCCGUAUCCAUCGACGUUCUUCCCCCAGCAUCACUAUGAUCAGGAAACGUUCGGAGGCCCCAGCCAGUUCAAGACGACAUUGCCUGGAGGGACCCUCCUCCACAAAGGCUUCUACGAUUUGCUUGCGAUGAUUCCCACCCCGUCGCCGUCCCGCUUCCUUCUUGGCGCGACCGGAGGCUCCCCUCCUCCAGCUCCUCCCUCUGAUCGACUGGUCGCAGGUCCCCGCUAUGAGACGAUUAGGCCUGGGAAGCCACCCAUGCCGCCACCAGCACCCGCCCCACGAUCGCCCGCCUACUCGCCUCCACCCAGCCCAGCGACUCCUCGCAAAGGGCGCAGAAUUAGCAAGGACAUGGUUUCCAAUCCUACUGGUUUCGUGCAUCUGGUACACGCCUCUGACGCCGACCAGUACGAAGCUUUGCUCAGGCGCUGGGGUCCUGACGGUCAGGGAAAGCUCGCUGACCCCCGAUGGGCAAACCCCAUUAAGAAUCGCGUACGACAGACAAACCAGGCGCGCGCAAUCAAUGAAGUUGUGAAUGCGCUCAAGCCGUCCGUCACCCUUCCAACAAACGAUUAUGGAGCUAUUCCAGGACAGCUCCGCGUCGUUAACGGAAUCAGCCAGACAACAGCCGCCUCGUCCAUCCUCACCACCGCCGCGCAUGAGAAUGUAUCAGUCACCGGUCGCGUAGACGGCCUACCUGGUACCGGCCGUCCAGGAAACUCUACCAUCCGAUGGGGCGCCGGUCUCAACGGACCUCCUCUUCAGGUACAUCCUGAAGAGCAGGAGCAUGCUGAGCACGACCCUCUGGCAGCGCACGCACAAGCUUUACAGGACUACGCGCGAGGCAACGAGGCAACGCCGCGUGCCCUGCCUGCACCCGUCGAAGUUACACGUGAAGUUCUUCAGCAUCCUGUCGAACCCGUCGAACAGGCCCCGGCCGCGGACGCAGUACAGAACGUGCCACCGCCUCCACGUGUGAUUACACCCUCCCUUGCGACGCUGGAGAAGGCCGUAGCCUGCCGCAUCUACUUCGAGAACUUGUACUUCCCGCUCCUCCGGCAACCGCCUUCGCGCGAGCAGCGGCGGCUGGCUAUGGAACGCGAUAUGAAUGAGAUGGGCCUAUCGCCUGCCCAGAAAGAGGAUUUGCGGGCACGGUGGCGACAGAACGAAACGGACUACCUGCGGGACAAGCGCCGGAAGGUGGACGUGACUGCCUUCGUGAAGCUCAAGACCAUUGGACACGGCGCCUUUGGGGUUGUGUCGUUGGUCAAAGAGCGCGCGACGGGGAACCUCUACGCCAUGAAACAGCUCCGCAAGACGGAUAUGUUACGUAAAGGGCAGGAGGGACACGUACGCGCUGAGCGCGAUAUCCUGCGGUCGGCGUCGCUUGUGUCGUCGCCCGGAGGCGCGGAGUGGAUCGUACAUCUGCACUACAGCUUCCAAGAUAGGGAUAACCUGUAUCUGGUGCUCGAAUACAUGGGCGGCGGCGAUCUUCUGAACCUGCUUAUCGAACGCGACGUCUUCGAGGAAGACUUCACACGGUUCUACAUCGCUGAGAUGAUUCUGGCUAUUGAGUCGUGCCAUAAGCACGGCUUCAUACACCGAGACAUCAAGCCCGACAACUUCCUGUUCGAUCCGAACGGUCACAUCAAAUUAAGUGACUUUGGCCUGGCGACGGAUCUGCACUGGGCCCAUGACACUUCGUAUUACGAGCAGCAACGGCUUCAUUUGCUACAUAAGCAUGGGAUCGACCUGGAAGACAGUAACGGGAUCGCCGACGGCACGAAGACGCAUCGAAUGAAGCGACGCGAUGUCGAGCAGAUCAUGGGUGGCGACGGCCAGGGUGGUGUAUUUACCUGGAGGGAGAAAAAUCGUCGCAAGUUGGCAUACUCCGUGUGCGGCACGAACUCGUACAUGUCUCCCGAGGUUAUUCGCGGCUUGGGGUAUACGUACUCGUGUGAUUGGUGGAGCCUGGGGGUUAUCAUGUUUGAGUGUCUCUAUGGCUUUCCCCCGUUCGUCAGCAACUCGCGGCAUAUCACGCGGAAGAAGAUUCUUAACUGGAAACAAACCCUGCGCUUCCCAAGCAAACCCGCCGUAUCGAAAGAGGGAAUUCAGCUCAUGCAAGCCUUGCUUUGUGAACCAGAGGAUCGGCUAGGAUCGCAGGCCUCUGCUUCAGUCUCGCGCCCGGACUCGAUGAUCGUGCAAGCCCGUCGGAGCGGUUUCGCCGCGCCUGCUACGCACUCAGGACCUGACGGUGCAGACAUCAUCAAGGCUCACCCUUGGUUCCGCGGCAUCGAUUGGUACAAUAUACACAGGUACCCUGCUCCCUACCGGCCAGAGCUUCGCAACCCGGAGGACACCCGACACUUCGACCCAGACAUUCCACCUGAGCCCCUUGCCCCCGCCAACGGUGCCCCAGCCGACGCCACUAAGGAUCCCAUGCUCUUGGACAAGGUCCACGGCGCGGAGAUUCUUUCCGUGCGCAAGAAGCUCGCUUUCGCAGGCUUCACGCACAAGAGCCCGCGCGCCGUCACCUACGUUCGGGCUGACAGGGCUUUCAACCCCGAGCCCGACUCAUAUGGCGCAGAGCCUCUCGAGGAAACCUAUAUGCCCGAAGACGACUUCACAAGAGGCCGCUCGCCAUACAGACAACCAAGCAACGUCGGUCGCGGUCGUGCGAUAUCUAUGUGAUCAGGUUUCACCUUCUCUAUCUACACGUAUAUGGCAUGUACGAUCUCUGGACACAGCUUUCUAUCACCCAUCCCAUCUGCUUCAUUUACUCCUUAUACUGCUCCAGUUGCUUGGUUCAGGACAUGUAUACCCUUGACGACCGUCACGACAGCGUAUCUAUUGAGUCGGGGUGUAGGAAGAUCAUUGAUGUUGUACUCCUGUACUGACUGCUACUGACCGCUCUUUGAAGUCCCCGACUCGAAAACAAAUUGAGACCUACCCGAAUUGUGCUCUGGUAGGAAGUCCUGCUGUACCUCUCUCGCCUAGCGGUCCACGAAUACAAAACUUUGCGAGAGUAUCUACAAUAACAAUGCGAUGGAGUGCACGAUAGAUAGGAGUGAUGCAGAAUAAAUACCAACCAGAGAGCGAA